CGUCUCCACCAUGCCCACCCCGCCGCCCUUCCCUGCUGUCCCCGCAGUGUCAUUCGUGCUGUCGAGGAUGUCGGGGUGCGGGGGCCCCGCCAAGAGCCGGGUGACGGUUCCCAAGCGCGUGUGGGAGUUCGUGACGCGGGAGCGCGCGGCGCGGCUGGCGCUGCUGGCGCAGGAGGCGCGGGUGCGGAUCCUGGUGGACGGCGAGACCCCCGAGCUGUACGUGCUGCAGCUCUGCGCCGCACCCCCGGGUCCCCCCGGCGGCGGGGGGCUCUGCCCGGCCCGCAAAGCGCUCAAAGCGCUGCUCAAGGAGACCGAGAAGGAGCUCAAGAAGCGCGGCCAGCGGCACCCGGGGGAGGUGCUGGGGGCGCGGCCGGAGCAGCAGCAGCAGCAGCAGCAGCAGCAGCAGCAGCCGGCGGGCGCGGCGGGAGCUCCGGGGGACGAGGAACCGGAGCGGCAGUGCCCGAUCUGCCUGGGCGAGAUGCGGGGCCCGCGCACGCUGGAGCGCUGCCGCCACUCGUUCUGCGGGGAGUGCAUCGCCCGG